CUCUUCCCCGUGCAGUUAUUGCAUAGGAUCUCUCCUUGGUUUCCCUUUUUCCACAUAGACGAUGAGUUUGUUUUGCAGACAGCGCAACAUGGUUUCAAACCCAGAGGCAUCUUGAACGUGUUGGCCAGUGGAAUGAUGAAUGCAGAAGCUAGCUAGCUAUUUAGCUAACCGCUUUUUGGCUAACAACAUCAGCAACAAAAAAAGAGCCACUCGUCCGCUCGCGCAGACAAACAGAUACAGAAUGCAAAUAAAACCAGCAAUAAUCGAAAGUUAUGUUUAAAGGAAAACACAGAUAACCUGUCCGUAAAAUGUAUUUUCCUUCUUUCAGAUAGUUAGUGACGUGUUGGAGCACUUAAGUGUAACGUUAUUGCGCCACCUACUGUGAUGGAGUGUAUCGGCAGCCUUAUAUUUAUCUAGCAGGCAGGCUUAUAAACGCUUAGCUACUUCGUUGUAAAAAUCAAGCAAAAAAAAACGAUAAUAUUGUCUUAAACAGAAGUACAUACGGUAGCUAGCUCCUUUAGUUUUGGGUGAGAGAAGAAAAAAAAACGAUCCAAGCACACUUACUACGUCACUGAUCAGGAAGUAGCGGGGAACUUCCACUCCGCGCAUCUGUAUCUCAACGGUUGCUACCAAUACCACUGAAGAAAUUUCCUUAUGCAUGUCAAAAUGUCUGGAGACAACGUUAAUCAUGCAUCUAACAGCAAAGGCAUCUCUCUUCCAAUGACUCGCGUGAAAAUGAUCAUGAAAAGUUCUCCCGACGUCUCAAGCAUCAAUCAAGAGGCUCUUCUCAUCACCACCAAAGCAACAGAACUGUUCGUUCAGUACUUGGCUCUCUCCUCGUUCAAUAAUGGAUCAGGGAAAGACAAUAAGACACUCUUGUACAGUGAUCUGGCCAAUACUGUUGAGGGAACAGAGACUUUUCAGUUUCUCACAGAUAUCCUACCAAAGAAGAUCUUCGCUCGAGAUUACUUGAAGCUCAUAGAGGAACAUCCAAUUGAGGAAGCAGACAAUUGAAAAGACAUGCAACCCUUCAAGCAAUAGUGGUUGCUAGAGUCAGUUGAAGCUUUUUUUCUCCAGCUCAUUCCAUACCACUUCCAGGCGAUGGUAUUAUGUAGGCCAACAUCUUCCCUGAGACGUACUAGAGUAUAUUAUGUUUACUACCAUGAGUUUCCCAGUCUUCCAGAUAAUGGUCAUUCAGUUUGGGGUCAGAAAGAAUCAGUAUGUGAGUUGACUACAGAUAAACCAUUAAAAUCAUAAUCAUAUGUUGACCAUGAUACCAGCCCCAUAUUCCCCCCUACAGCAAUCACCUGCUGCCGAAGAGAAACGUCUGUGCUUCCUCUGGUUUUGAUACCACUCAGUGCAAAUAGUGCAAGCUUUCAUCUGUUUUGGGCAUUAUUUUUCUAAACAAGAUCUUGAAGCAAAGGUUGAACAAAUCAGGUGCUUUAAAAUCUAUAUAUUCCAUACAUAUAUUCCAGUUCUCAGGUUAAACCAAAUUGACUCAUUAGUUGUGUCCUUUUUAUAAAGAGGAACCCCAAUGUGCAGUCUUUGCUAAUGCAGACUAUCUACUUUGACUCUUUGUAUUAUAUACCUUUCAUUCAUAAACAAUGUUGAUCUUUAGAGAUCUACACAUGCAAACCGAUUCCUUUUUAGCAACGUGACUGAGUAUAAAAGACACUUUAGACUUUUGCUGUGUUUAAUGUGAUAUUUACCAUAUUACUCAGUCAAAACCAUUGGUAGUUUCAGUACUGGGUGGUUGCAGGCAGCACUAAUUUAAUAUUGAAUCUCUAAUUUCAUUUUUUAGUAACAGCUCCUCUCAGAUUGUGAUGAAUUUACACGAGGACAGGCAUUGCAAUAUUUAGGUUUAUGUGAAAAAAAUAAAUCAUCACACAGACUUAAUGCUACAUUUAUUAAAUCAAAGUCUAAAUAUGCCACUGUGUGUGGUUGAACUAUAAAGCAGGCUACUGUAACUGCUAGCGUGUAUGGUCUCAAAAAUGGAAAGAAUGCACUGAACUUGAACCGUUGUGUAUAUAUUUUCUACAAGUGUUUGUAACAGCAUUUCAUCCCAUCUAACGAUUGAGACUUGCCUUUUGUAUGUUUGUGUUCCAUAGUUUAGUUAAUGAAAAUAACAUCUUCAUGCUCUACAGAUUGUCAUUCCCUAUUUGUGUUCUAUUGUCUUCACCUUGUUGCAACAAAGCAUUUACAUAAAUGUUACAAUUUUAUACCA